GCUCGAACGAUUAAACCCAGGUAAAGCCACACGAACAGUGCUUCCUACAUUGUCACCAUGACCAAACGACUGCUGCAGGAAGACUACAUCACCUAUCAACCAGAGAACACUACAGGCGUACGCAAAAGUAUGCGCAUCCAUAACAAGUCGCAUCCCAGCUUAGAGAAUUCAGAUGCCACAGCACAGAUCAAUAGAAUCACUGAUGAGGACGUCAAUAGUGAACACAUCCCUCUGGAUUGCAUGGAUGUAGAUGCACAGCGUGAGGCAACCUCCAUAGAAAUCAGCAGGAUUUCUUUAUUGGGACGAGGGGGAUUCGCCAAAGUGUACAAGGUACAAAGCACGCGAACGGAAAAAAUAUAUGCCGCCAAGAAACAACUGGGUGUCUCGAGCACCGCUAAGAAAACAAGUCUGCAUGAAGAGCGCUUGCUGAAUGAAUGCCGAUGUGCGAAUGUAGUGCAGGACACCCAGGAUACCUACACAAGAACACCCAGAAUACCUACACAGGACACCCAGGAUACCUACACAAGGACACCAGGAAACCUACACAAGGACACCCAGGAAUACCUACACAAGGACACCCAGGAAUACCUACACAAGGACACCCAGGAAUAUGUACACAAGGGCACCCAGGAAUACCUGCGCAAGGACACCCAGGAUACCUACACAAGGACACCCAGGAAUACCUACACAAGGAAACCCAGGAAUACCUACACAAGGACACCCAAAAACGUACACAAGGACACCCAGGAAUACCUAUAUAAGGACUCCCAGGGAUACCUACACAAGAACACCCAGGAAUACCUACACAAGGACACUCAGGAAUACCUACACAAGGACACCCACAAUACUCCGAUCACACUCCAGACCGAUUUAGAGUUUUACGGGUUUUUUGACAAUUGCGUCUGUAGCCCAUGGCAACACUUAUAA